CCCACCAUGGAAAAGACGGUUAGAGGCUAAAAUCAAGGUAACAAGGAGGGAAGUGAGCCAACUGUCAGAGCUCCACAAGGGUACAAUGAAAAGACCAGUACCCAGAAAGUACAGGCAGAUGCCCAUACCUGAACCACUUGAAACUGCCAAACAGAGGCUCCAAGCCUUGGCCAGCUGCCUAAAGAGAUACACAAGGGAGAAUGAAUCCAGAAGGAUUAACCGGCUCUUCUCCACUCACCAGCUAAGGUGUACUCUCAAUGGCAGGGUAAUAACAACAGAGCAGACCCACCAAGGCUGGAGACUGAACAAUACUGGAAAGGCAUAUGGGAAAGGGAGGCGUCCCACAACAGCAAUGCACAGUGGCUGAUCUCUCUACGAGAGGACCACAGCAACCUCCCUGAGCAAGCCCCGGUAACCAUCACUGUGACAGAUGUUGAAGAAAGAGUCUCAGGUAUGAAAAACUGGACAGCACCAGGGCCUGACAUGAUCCAUGCCUACUGGCUAAAGAAACUCACUGCUCUCCAUGAGCGACUGGCAGCCCAAAUGAACCAGCUGCUACAAAGUGGGAUUCACCCUGAAUGGUUAACUGAAGGACGGACAAUCCUAAUCCAGAAGGGUCCAUGAAAGGGUCCAGUCUCACCCAACUACCGACCAAUAACCUGCCUCUCCACAACCUGGAAGCUCAUGUCAGGCAUCAUAGCGGCCAAGUAAGCAACACCUGGCAGAUGUUUUCUUACACGUUUGAUGAGUUUCUGCCUCACCUGGAGGAUGACACCCAAAUUACCUCUUGUGAUUUUGAGUCGUUGUGCUACUGGACUUUCACAUACAACACUCACAGCGACUGGUCAGUGGUUUCACCUCAGCAGCUCAAAGGCACUAAGGCCAGGACGACGCCUGAAAUCGAUCACUCUCUGGGCCAAUCUGAUGGGCAUUUUCUUCUUCUGAGUCCGUCUGAUGCAGAGAAAUGUGAGCACCAAAUAAUAAGUCCGGUCUUGCCUGGGAGCAAGAAACAGUGCAUUCUGCAGGUUGCUCUCUAUGAGUCCGGUCCGACUUUGGGCAACCUGACGGUCUUGAUCAAACCUCUUCUGUCAGAUUUGAUCAUUCACUCCGAGGUUCUCAACCAGAGGAGACCAGACACCCACAGGAAUGAAUGGCAGGUUUAUGAAGCUGUGAUUGGUCAGAUGGAUGAACCGAUUCAAGUGACCCUCCUCUACACUGCCUGUGUGGGUGAAGGUGAAGUCACUGUGGCUUUGGACUCCCUGGAUUUCAUCGACUGUGGCUCAGGUGAUGAGGCCAUGGACCUGAAUCUCAUGUGUGGGAAAUCUUUCCACUGCGUAAACUCGGAUGUUUGCAUCGAUCAGAGCCAAGUGUGUAACUUCCACACCGAUUGUCCACUAGGAGAAGACGAGGGAUUGAUCUGUGAUGCUCUUCCCUUUGGCUCGUACUGCUCCUUUGAGUCAGAUUCAUGCGGUUGGUCCGGGUCCAGUCAGCACUCGGGAUGGAGGAGAGUCGCUGGAGAUGAGCUUCUGCAGAAACAAGACAUGCAGGGCGUCACUCUCCAGCGCACACCAGGACACUUCAUGUACCUGCAGGUUAGAGAGAGUAGUUCCUUUAAAGAAGCGUCCUUUCAGAGCUCCUUCUUCCCUCCGCCGAUCUCUACGUCUGCAUGCCAGAUGCGUUUCUCUUUCUACUUGUACGGAUCGUUUAACGGCUCGUUGCAAGUUGCCAUUGAGGAGAACGGGACCGGUUACACGCCUCUUAUCUGGGAGACACAAGGCCAGUCGAUGGACGACUGGGAAGCAUUUGCACUGGAAGUGACUGACCUCAAUCAUGGAUUCCACAUCCACGUCAAAGCCGCGUGGGGACCAAACUCCAACGCUGACUUCGCGUUUGAUGACAUCGCCAUCGGCGCGGCCUGCUUCAAAACAGAUCUCAACUCGCUGCAGCAAAUUGACUUUGAUUUCCUGAGUCCACUUCCUGAACCGUCGGUCACAGAAGUCUCUCUGAUGACAUGGUGGUUUAACUCAUGCGGUGCCAGCGGCCCCCACGGUCCGACCCAAGCCCAGUGCGACAGCACCUACAGGAACAAAAACGUCAGCGUCACUGUGGGGAAGGAGGGCCCCCUGAAAGGAGUCCAAAUGUGGAAGGUUCCUGCUACCAACCGAUACCAUAUCUCAGCUUACGGCGCUGCAGGCGGAAAAGGAGCCAAAAACCACAACAAACGCAACCAUGGGGUGUUUAUCUCCGCCAUAUUUCCCCUGGAAAAAGGCGAAAUACUUCACAUUUUGGUGGGACACCAGGGAGAGGACGCCUGCCCCGGGAGAAAUCCUCUUACACAGAAAAUAUGUCUGGGAGAGUCGUCUGUGAUCGAAGACAACCGCAGAUCUGAGACCGGCACGGAGCGCGCAGGUGGAGGCGGCGGCGGCGGAGGAGCCACCUUCAUCUUCAAGAUGGAGGGCGGUGAGCUGGUUCCUUUGCUGAUUGCAGCUGGUGGGGGAGGAAACGCCUACCUGGAGAACCCGGAGUCCAGUCUGGACCAGAUGCCUCCAGAGCAGUUUGAGAACAGCACCGCAGCCCGUGGCACCAACGGUCAGACUGGAGCAGCAGGCGGAGGAGGUGGUUGGAAGGACAUCCCCAGUCUCCAUCAGAGCGCCGGCAGAUCACUGGUGGAAGGAGCAGUGGGCGGGACUUCCUGUCCGCUGGCUCUGUCAAAGCUCAGCUGGUCAACGUAUGGCGGGUUUGGAGGAGGAGGUGGAGCCUGCACAGCAGGAGGCGGUGGCGGCGGAUACAGAGGAGGCGACGCUGCGCUGACAGAUGACAUCACCGCCGACGGCCAGAAUGGCGUUUCCUUCAUUCAUCCGAUGGGAGAGAUUUUCUUACAACCUCUGGCAGCCAUGGAGGGUCACGGUGAGUGUGAGAUCAAGGUGGAGCUGAACUGCAGCCAUUGUCAGACGCAGAGCUGCAAGCGGGAAGAAGACACUCAUCUCGUCCUCUGUCUCUGCGACGACGAUGAAUUCCUGGCCAGCGACAACGUAACGUGUGUCAGUGCUGCGGUUUCUCCAGCCCCGCCGAGCCCCGUCCCUCCAGGCCAGCUGUCCACGUCGCUGAUCCUGGCUGUCGUCGCCUCCAUCGUCGUCAGCGGCGUCGCUCUGGUCUGCGCCGGCGUCAUCUUGAUUUGGUACCGCAGGAAGAACGACCUGUAUGCGGUAAGGCGGCGUCUGCAGAGCCCAGAGUACAAGCUGAGCAAGAUCCGCUCCUCCACCAUCAUGACCGACUACAACCCCAACUACUGCUUCGCAGGCAAGGCCGCGUCGCUCAGCGACCUGAAGGAGGUUCCACGCAAGAACAUCACCCUGCUCAGGGCUCUGGGUCAUGGCGCUUUCGGUGAAGUGUACGAGGGGCAAAUUCUUGGAAUGAGCGCCGAUGGCAGCCCCAUGCAGGUGGCAAUAAAGACGCUUCCAGAAAUCUGCUCCGAGCAGGACGAAAUGGACUUCCUGAUGGAGGCUCUGAUUAUGAGUAAGUUCAGCCACCUGAACAUCGUGCGUUGCGUCGGCGUCAGUCUAAACAUCCUGCCUCGCUUCAUUCUGCUGGAACUGAUGACCGGCGGAGACAUGAAAAGCUUCCUGAGGCAGAACAGGCCGCGAGCGGGCCAGACCUUUUCUCUCACCAUGCGGGAUCUGCUGCAGAUGGCCAGAGACAUCGCCUGCGGCUGUCGAUACCUGGAGGAGAACCAGUUCAUCCACAGAGACAUUGCUGCCAGGAAUUGCCUGCUUACCUGCGCCGGGCCAGAUAGAGUGGCUAAGAUUGGAGACUUCGGCAUGGCCCGAGACAUUUACAGGGCGAGUUACUACAGGAAAGGUGGCCGAGCCAUGCUGCCAGUCAAAUGGAUGCCACCAGAGGCCUUCAUGGAGGGAAUCUUUACCUGCAAGACCGACACCUGGUCAUUCGGCGUACUGCUCUGGGAAAUCCUGUCUCUGGGCUACAUGCCUUACCCCUGUAAAACCAACCAGGAGGUUCUGGAGUUUGUCACCAGUGGCGGCAGAAUGGAUCCACCAAAGGGAUGUCCAGGCCCUGUCUACCGGCUCAUGACCCAGUGUUGGCAGCACUGUCCUGAUCACCGGCCCAAUUUCGCCACAAUCCUGGAGAGAAUUAACUACUGCACUCAGGACCCUGAUGUGAUAAAUACCCCUCUGCCUGUUGAAUAUGGCCCCAACACAGAGGACGAUGGCGGAACGGGGAUGCGUCCCACUGCCAUCAACUCCACCAGUCUCACUCCUUUACUGGUGUCCCGCCCUGUUUGCAAGGACUCACCCUCCCAGCUCGGUUUCUCCCCCAAGGGCUUCAGUCCUCCAGUCCCUCCACCGCAGCCCACCAAACCUCGCCUUCUGCUACAGAGAACCCAACCGGUCCACCAGGAAGUGACUUCCUGCUGUGAAGUGCUGGAGCCGUCCUGGGCAGAGACUGUUCCUGCUCCUGGUUUGUCUUCUGUAGCAAACUCUCUGCAUCCGGAACCUGCUCAUCAUCGGCCCUGCUCCAGAAACAGCUCCUCCUCGGGGAGCCAGAGGCUGAAAAACAAGACCAAGAACCUUUGGAAUCCAACAUACGGCUCCUGGGUCCUCGAAAGCUUCCGGACGAAGAAAACGCUGGCUCACACUCAGUCCAUGCCACUCUCUUGCAAUUCCACUGAGGAGAACAACAAAGCUGUUUGCGACGGAACCAGCAGCACCUACCUCAGUCCAGUUUGCCAGGUCCAAGCUGCCCCAACCGUGUCCAAGGCCUUGACAGGAGGCAGCUCUAAAGCCGGGGUGGACCUGGCUAAACUGCACAGCUUCCCCUGUGGGAACGUCAACUUUGCCUACGAUGAGCAGAGCUACGAGGCAGAGAGCCUGCCCCUGGUGAAGCCCAAAGCCUCAGAAGCCAUCACAUGCAGCAUCGGUCCGCCGAGCGUCUCACCAGGAACUGGCCUGGGUCUGGCGCUGGGAUUCAGCACCGCCUCAGCCUGUGUGCCCAAACUUCUGCUGAAACGCCACGCCAGCUACGGACACGAGGACGUCAGGAGGCACGCUAAAACAGAGAAGCUCAGCCGCGACCGGGACUCUGGCUUUUCUCUGUCUGAGGACCUGAGUGUCGCUCACAUCUAGAAAUCAGCAUGUGGCAACAGAGACUUUGAAUAUGAUGAAAUCCGUCAGCUGGACGACGAGCUCUGCAAAGAUCAAAUGACUCUAGCUCCUGAUAUGCUGGAAAACCCAAUGAAAUGCUAGCAUUCACACAAACACAUCUCUGAAUCGUAAAAGUGACCUAUUAUACUUCCUUGAACAGGUUAGGAUUAGUCUAUGGCCUACACAAAACUUGUUCAUUACAUUUUUUGCACCAAAUUAUUCUUAGAUUCUUGGAAUGAUUUGGAAAAGGCUGAAGACAGAUGCACAAUUACACAACCAUACAUGUUUGAAAAGCGGAAGUGGAGUCUCCUUCACAACCAAUAAGAAUCCAGCAAGUGGUUUCUGGAUGGUACGUCAACAACAAAACACUUGUCUUUUCCAGCAGCCAUUGUACAGCCCAUACUGUUGCUAGGUAACAGCGCAGUGCCUGUCGAUUAUGACUCGACAUUCGGGAGGUUUUUGAAACAACUCACUUCCCAGACACCAAAAAAUAACAACUUAUUUCCAAGAAAAUGGCUUUUUUAAGUGCUUAGAAGCAAACAGAAGUGUAAAAACAUGCAAAAAAUGAAAUUAGCGUUAUAGGUCGCCUUUCAUAGAGAGUCCGUUGUGUGCUUAGCGCCCCCUCCUGGGCUUCUGGUGCAGAGGUAGCCAAACACUGAUGCUGAGAUAUUUUCACUGCUACCUAGUUAUCUUUUUAUCCUGCUGUAGUUUUAUGAAUGCUUUGUCAGACGUGUGUUUAUAUUAAUACAUGUUUAACCUAAAGCGAAGGAGUGUUUAAAGAUUUGUUUUAGGAAAUACCGACAUCUAGUGGCCAAAAAGGAGAUUGAUGCAAUAUAGCCCCAACUUUGAUUGAUUGAUUUUAAUCUAAACAAAUAAAAAUACUCUCAAAAUAAAUUCACGGCAUCAUGAAAAAAGUUAAUAAUUAAAUUUUAUUUUACAUUCUUUAACAAAAUGCAACUUUGCUUUCUUUUUUCUAUUGCUUCAUUUUGCUUCCUUAAAUUACUUAAUGAGGAGAAAAUAAUUUCUUUUUUAUGUUUACUUUUAAGCAACAUAAACAAAUGUUAUUUCUUAUUUUUACAUUAUAUAAAUUACAAGCUCCCCUCUCGCCUCCUUUUCCUUACAUAAUGUGAACUUGAUGACUGCAGCCACAUCUUUUUACUCUUUCCUAAUGAUUUUUAUUUGUCAUUUUUUGAUCCAUUAAUGUUUCAUAUGGUGUUAUAAUCAGAAAGAAUAAAGUUUAUGAAAGCAACUCUACUUAGAUGAGCACCUAGGUUUAUAUUUCGGUGCUUUUCCUCCUGUUAAAACCUUUUUUCACCUCCAGUCAGAAGUUUACAUCCACUUGUUAUCAUCACGGAUGCCCAGAUAAUUCUGAGCUUUUAAUUUCUGACAUGAAACUGAUUUUUUUUUUUUUUUAAGUUUAUGUUUAAAAGCUUAGUACACCCUAAAAAUGGUCAAGCAUGGUAGUGGUCGUAUUAUUCUGUGGGACUGUGUCACUGCCGGUUUUACUGGUGCCUUGAAAGAAUGUCAAGUCAACUUAUAAUUACUCAAACAAUUUAAAAAUAGUUUUUAAAACUUCACAGCAGAAUUGAGGAAUGUUGGCUUUGACAGGAAAUAACAAAUUUAUUCAUCCAUUAAUAAAAUAUAUUUAAUGAGCUCCUUCUUCUGGGCUCACUGUUUACGUUUGUGAUUUACUAAUGAGUGACCGGACUUUGACUAGGAUUUUGCAGCUGUGAACAUUUCAAUUCCUGCUGUUAGAAAUGUGGAGGGUGUAAUACCUGCCAUCAUCCAGCAGGGGGCGGCAGGUGUUCAUCUGUGAACAAAACGUUAGUAUUUUUAUUUUUAUCUUUUUUGUACCAUAUUUUAACUGUAAACUACUGUAGUUUUUGUUGACUAUUUUAUUAUAAGAUAUUCAAAACUGUUUCAAAUUCUAUCUAAAGACAACAUUUUUAUUUUGUUUUAAAUAAGAUUUUAUUUCAUGGUCACCUAUUUUUCUAAGAUGCAUUUUCACACCAGCUCCGGAUGCCUCAUUGUAAUUUUUUAAGUAUUAUCAACAAAAACUCUCAAAACAAAGAAUACUACAACUGAGCAGAGAUUAAUUUACUUAUAAUAAAAAUAUUUUGAAUGUUUUUUUCCUAGUCUUGGCCAGUAGGCGUCUCUUGUUAGCUUAAUGCAGCUGUGAAAAUCUUUAUUUUUAUACUCAUGUCUGUACACUGGACUAAUCCUUUACAUUUCGUACGUGGUUUUAUUGUUGAUGUUGACUCUGUAGUGAAUCACUGCCAUUUACAUUUAGAAUUUUUUAUUUUAUUUGGCUAAUUAAUUAGUUUUAUCAUUUAUAGCUUCAACUGUUUCUCUCAUGUAUGUUAUAAUUUGUCAAAUUUUGAAGUUUGUUGGAUCUUUUGUAUAAAUUGUGCUCAGGCUUGCUAAUAUUGGUGUCUUAAUUUCCAGCUUCUGACUCAUAAAUAAAGUCUUUAAGAAUCUGUAAACGUGCCGGUAAAUCACUCUCUAUAAAAGUGCAAAUGUGAUUAAUUCUGCAGUUUUUAGAGCACAUUAUUUAAAAAAAUAAUAAUAUUGAAAAGUUACAGAGGCGCAAAUACAGUCAACACCAUUCAGUGACUUUCCCCAAACUCCUUGAAAACAUUAAUUUUACCAAGUAUUUUUGUUUAGUAUUUAGUGCAGAAAUAAGACAAAACUAUCAAGCAAUUUUUUCACCAAGAUUUAGGGGUUUGUAAAUAUUGAUGAAAAACUGCUAGACUAUUUCACUUUACAUUUUUUCCAUUUUAAAAGUUGAAUCUGCCAGUGGAAGUAUGACUUUUUAUCAAUAUUCAAUAAUUAUUUAGUUAAAGCAAGCUCCUAUAUUUUGAUAAAAGCUAUUUGUACUUGUAAGUACAAAUAGCUCGGACCCGACUAAGGAAAGGAGAUCGGGCUUUUUCUGUUGUUGCUCCUAAUUUAUGGAACAAUUUGCCUUUUCAGAUUAGAUCUGCUAGCAGCCUGGAUCAUUUUAAAUCGCUUCUCAAAACUCAUUUUUAUUCGUUGGCUUUUAACUGAAGCAAUUUUUUGAUAUUCUGUUUUAUCUACUUGUGUUACUGUUGUUCCUGUGCAGCACUUUGGUGCAGUUUUAUACCUGUUUUAAAGUGCUAUAUAAAUAAAUUUGACAUUGACAUUGA